CUCACCUGCAUCUGCAACCGCUGCGGAGAAGCAAGCACUGCCACAUAAUGAGUCGGUCGCCGUCUUUCUCUUACUUGAGCUAGGCUGGACGAAGCCGACGUUUAUUUGACAAGAAACCUAUAUUCUCAUUAUAGAGUGUUGUAGCCAGACGUGCGCACGAAACGUCAUGGACCCUCAGAUUCACGAAUGGCAAAAAGCCGUUCUACCUAACCCAGACGAAGAGGCGAUUGGCAUUGCGAAGGUGUUUUCUGAUUGUUCAGAUCUUUGGGGGGCCAUUACUCAAAUUCUGGCCCAGCAACAAUGGAUACAGAAGGGUACCAUCCGCAAGCUUAAGAGCGCUCAUAGCUAUAUCUAUCUCUGGGCUGAUGGCUACGGUGUCCCAAGCGGAAAAUUUGAAGAAAGGUUGAAGAACUCACAAAGAGCAGGGGACCUAACAAUCAGGCUUUUGCAGAACAUCUGCCGAACUUUGACACAUGAAUUAACGCCAGUCGUCACCUGUCUAUCUACUGUUUCUUCUGAGGAUAUAACGAGAUUAUUGUUGACAGCCGCAGAUCUUGCUCUCACGUCUGAAAGACUCGCGGUGCUUGUUCAAGGAGAUAAUGACAGUGAUUCAUCCGAAGAUGGCGAGGCAGUAGCGCCCUCAGAGUCUGUACCUCAUGAGAAGCUUUUAGACGAUAUUGCAGACGAUCUGAGAAGUGAUGCCCAGUGUCUUUUGGACCUUGGCUCCAGGUUCGAAGAGCAGGUGAUGAAUCCCAUUGCCAGUGAAGCAGCCGCUAACCCCUCGAGUUCCUUUGAUGGCCGGUUAUGCGAUACUUUCAUUGAGAGGAUUAUUCGUUUUUACCCUCAAUGCGAAAGCAAUCUAGCCGGCCGCCUAGGGGAGGCAAACUGGCUACGAUUUUUGAAGAUUGCAGGAUUGAAGCCCCGGGCGAGCGACGACCGAGCGGUUCAGGACAAGGAUAUUGAGAGAGUCAAUUAUACUCCAGACAGCGAUUCAGUCGAGUUUAGAUCAAUUGUCGAUGACCUAUCCAUCCGAGGGCAAUCGCUAUUUCAUGAUUCUGGUCUGGGAACUGCCAGCCAUGUCAGUGCAAGCCAUCUGGAUACGAACGAAUCAGGACCGACCCGCAACCAUCCACCGCUGCCAGAGGGUGCUAUUCAAGGAAAACCUUUUCACUGCAUAGCCUGUAAAGAUCAUGUUACGAUAACUACUGAGGAUGAGUGGAGGAAACACCUGCUUCGUGAUAUUGAACCAUAUGUUUGCCCCGUGCCCGAGUGUGGUGCGCCCCCUUUCCCAAGUGUCAAGUUAUUGGAAAGACAUAUGUCCAUUAGCCACGCAUUUUCCACCAUUUGGCGUGAUUCUAGAUGUCGUAUCUGCGGAAAGGACGUCAAUACCAGACUACGAAUUAUCCUACAUUUGGCCGAUCACAUGGAAGCCAUUGCUCUUUCCAUUGUACCGCAAGAUCCUGGGAUCGAAGUUCACAAAGCUCUAGCCACAGACUCGCAUGAAAAUAACGAAGUAGCAACCCCUAGCUCUAACCCUGAAGAUAGUAAAAUAUUACGAGCUACGCGAGCGAAGGUCAAAACGGGAUGCAAUCAGUGCAAGAUGAGACGGAUUAAGUGCGAUGAACAGGUAGAGUUGUCUUUUUCCUUAGAAUCAUCCUUUGCCCACUUCAUUUUGUCAUAUCAGCGAGGAAUCCGGUGCUAAUUUUUCGAAAAGAGGCCCUCUUGUGGAAACUGCGCGACGAACAAAUUAGUCUGUGGGGGCUACCCUCCACCAUCACGCAUACUGCAGGCAAAAGACGAUAGCAAGAUCCCUGAGCUGCCUUCUUCACUGAAUCAUCCGCAAAAUGCUAAACCACAAAAUAGUAAGGCACGGGACCUUAGCGACGAAUGGUUUCCACUCUUCCCAGACGCUGGACCACCCGAAUCUACAUUGGAUAAGGACUUCGUUAAAGACAUAAUCCUUCAUGGAGAGCUUAGUCCUUCCCUUGAUAAUGCUUCUAACAAGCCACCACUGCCAACAUCGACUGUUUUAGACUCCUUCGGCUCUUUCGACCCUUCCUCUUGGUUUGAUCAAUCUGGGGAUAUUGGUGCAGAUUCAUUGUUCAACACC